UUUUUCGUCAAAACCAUAAAAUUACAUUUUCAGGUGAGGUGUCAUCACCACAAAUCCUAUAAGGAUUUUUAACGUUAAAAAUCUUAUAUAUAAUCACAACCACAAAUACAAACAUAACUUUUCACGUCGAAACGUAACAAAAUACGCAAUAAAUAAUUUAAAAAUUGAUCAAAUAAAUUAAUUUAUUUCUUAAAAAGGACACCGCAAAAAAAAAGUGUUCAAAGUCGAAAAGAGCGGGAAAGGAGACGCCACGUGGAACUAUCUCGGUUUAAAACAACGUUAACGUUAAACCGAACAGGCGCUUAUCAGAUCUAAUCCCAAAGAGGGCUUAGGGGUUUAUAAAACACAACACACAACAAGACCAACAAAGAUCAUCACUUUCAUCACAAUGGACAAGUACGAGAAGCUCGAGAAGGUCGGCGAAGGAACCUACGGCAAAGUCUACAAAGCCGUCGAGAAAGACACCGGAAAGCUCGUCGCUUUAAAGAAGACCCGCCUCGAGAUGGACGAAGAAGGCAUACCCCCAACAGCUCUCCGCGAGAUCUCUCUCCUCCAGAUGCUCUCUCAGUCUAUCUACAUCGUCCGCCUCCUCUGCGUCGAACACGUCCUCCAAUCAAAAGACUCCUCUUCUUCUUCUUCUUCUCAAAAAUCCAACCUUUACCUCGUUUUCGAGUACCUCGACACGGAUCUCAAGAAGUUCGUCGAUUCGUAUAGAAAGGGCGCGAACCCGAGGCCGCUCGAGGCUGAUCUUGUGAUGAGGUUUAUGUUUCAGCUUUGUAAAGGCGUGGCGCAUUGUCAUAGUCACGGUGUGCUUCACCGUGAUCUCAAACCGCAGAAUCUUUUGCUGGAUAAGGAGAAAGGGAUUUUGAAGAUUGCUGAUUUGGGUCUUGGUCGGGCUUUCACUGUUCCUUUGAAGUCUUAUACUCAUGAGAUUGUUACGCUUUGGUAUAGAGCUCCUGAGGUUCUUCUUGGCUCUACUCAUUACUCCACUGGGGUUGACAUGUGGUCCGUUGGAUGCAUCUUUGCGGAGAUGAUUCGGAGGCAAGCUCUUUUCCCUGGUGAUUCCGAGUUUCAGCAGCUGCUUCAUAUCUUCAGACUGCUAGGAACACCAACUGAGAAGCAAUGGCCUGGUGUGAUGACUCUGCGUGACUGGCAUGUGUAUCCAAAGUGGGAGCCUCAAGACUUGUCACGUGCUGUUCCUUCUCUAUCCCCUGAAGGGGUUGAUCUUCUCACGAAUAUGCUGAGGUACAAUCCAGCUGAAAGGAUUUCAGCAAAAGCGGCUCUUGACCAUCCUUACUUUGACAGCCUUGACAAAUCUCAGUUCUGAAGCUGAACUUGUCUGAACAAAAGUCUCUCAUCACCCUCUGGCAAAAUUGCAAUCUUGUUUUACUGAUCAGACUUCUGCUUGGAGUCUGGAAGUUGAUUGCUCAGCAUCAUCUUGGUGAUUUUGUUUUUCUGUUGUUUGUUACUACUACAUUAGUGUCUCUUGUAUCGUGUGUUUGAGAGACUUCUACUUCCAUUUAAAUUUUAGAUGACAAAUUGCAACAAAGAGAGAUGAAUCCAAAAUGCUCUGAUCAUUUUUUUUCUCAA